AAAUUAAUAAAGAAGAGGCGGAGGCAGCGGAGAAGGGUGGAAGCGGGUUAGUGAAUUACGGGUGGAAGACUCCAGACGAGCCCUCAGGUUCGGUAAGGUGUGCGGGUGGGAUUAUCGCGGUGUAAAAACGGCUGGGUCAGCUCAGGCUAAGCACGCCUCGCAAAGCAUUGUGGGAGCGGAAACGUGAGCUGCCGUGCACGGGAGGGAAGGGGUUUCCUGCCGGCUGGGAUCUCCCCGGUGAGGGAAGUCAGGUGAAUGGUGACGGUAAUAACAGCAUGAUACACAGUCCAACAAUACUAUGGGUUCCACUCGACUGACAGCAAGAGAACUUUGUGAGAAUGAUGACCUGGCAACCAGCUUGGUGCUUGAUCCUUACCUGGGAUUCCGAACACACAAAAUGAACGUUGGUCCACUGCCCUCUAUAAGGCGACGGCAUCACUUGAGAGAGGCGCUACACACAUUCCGCAGGAAGAGAGACCUGGAGGCAGCAUUCCGUGCUUUUAUAACAGGAGCUAAUCAUUACCUCAAAAAUCAAAUACCACAGCAGGAAGCCACACUAAAGGCACAUAUAUUCCGGUACCUGCGGAUGUUCCUGCCAGAAAGUGGAUUCACGAUCCUGCCUUGCAAUCGGUACUCUCUGGAAACCAAUGGAGCCAAAGUAGUUGCUACAAAACCUUGGGCAAAGAAUGACAAAAUUGCUCUGCUUGUGGGCUGCAUAGCUGAGUUAACUAAAGCUGAUGAGAGCCUCCUUCACUUUGGUGAGAAUGACUUCAGUGUUAUGUACUCCACCAGGAAGAGGUGUGCACAGCUUUGGCUGGGGCCGGCUGCUUUUAUUAAUCAUGACUGUCGGCCCAACUGCAAGUUUGUUCCUACAGAAGGAAAUACGGCUUGUGUGAAAGUUCUCAGGGACAUUAAGCCAGAAGAAGAAAUCACCUGCUUCUACGGUGACAGUUUUUUCGGAGAGAAGAAUGAGUUGUGUGAGUGCUGCACUUGUGAAAGAAAAGGGGAGGGAGCAUUUCUACUGCAGAAGAAAGGGCCAUGUGAAUCUACCUCAUCAGAGAAAUACCGGCUCAGAGAAACCGAUGGUCGCCUGAGAAGGUUGCAAGGUAAAAGCGACAGACAAACCCAGCGUGGCACUACGCGAAAGAGGAAACGUGUCUUAAGUUUAAGAUGUAGAUCGUCACCAAGCCUCAAAAAGAGCCCUGGAAACUGCAAGAAUAGCACUUUUCAGCCACGUCUCAGGUCGUCAGCUUCAUCUCAGUGUUUCCACUCUUGCCAUGGAGCCCAGUGUUCUCUUCUUUACAGGCAACAAAGGCCAGUGAAGUUUGCAUUGCCUCCAGGGACCAUUAUAAGAGACGUACGCAUAAAUCUGCACAAUUCCAUCAAAUGUAGUCGAUACUCUUCAGCUGCAGCAACCCCAUGUGAAGUCCAUGGCUGCAAAUUGGGUAAAGAACCUGUGGUGAGACUUAGACGGCAAAAUGCAAGUCCUGAUCGGCUAAGGUUUUACCAAGGCUCUGAUAAUGUUCUGCACAAAUCAUCUCAAACAUCUCUACAUGGCAAAACGGACACUCUGGAGAAAGACGCCAAAGAUCAUACUUUGAAUUGUGUACUUUUUAAUGAACAUAGUGUAAUGGAGGAGUGUUUAAAUCCUGAAUGCCCCUCAGCCAGUACCAGCGUGUGUGUGGAUGAACUGGAUAUAGAGGUCAUAGAGCACCAUGAAAACUGUGCAUCCAAUUUCAUUUCAAACUCUGACAGACUGAACGCAAAUGGUGCCCAUACCUCCAUGGUUCAACCAGCGUUGGAUGUUCUUGUAUCUCCUUUAGACUCUAAUAGAUUAUGUUCCAAUGUGGUCUCGCAAAUGCAGGAAGCUGAUAACUUUCCACCAGCUAGAUCCUUACCUGAAAGCACUGUGAAUCUAAAUGAAAAUUCAAGCCGUUUAACAUUUUCAGAUUCUAUGUCUCCUAAACAGUUUGGUUUAACACAUUAUGUCACAGUGAACUUGAGCAAAUUCAGAGUUUCAGGGCCUGAAUAUUCAAGCACAGCAAGCGCUUUCCACUCCGAUAUCGGAAAGCAUAAGCGUAGCUACAAUCAAAAGCCAUUUACUGGAAUUACACAUGAGGCGGUGCUAGCAACAAAUGCUAUUGAAAGUCAGGUCAUGGAUGCAAACAGCUCCUUAACUGAACCAGUUGGUAUCAAUGUGAAACAUAGUACAAGAACAUACACAAAUAAAGUUUUCUCUUUACAAUCCAGACCCAUAAUGUCUAAAGGCCUAAAUGAGAAGAGCGCUUCUCAUAAGAAGAGGCAGACUACCCAUCUAGACUUUAAUGGGCACGUUAAAGUGACGGGUAAACAUCAAAGCAGUAGGCUUGAAAGGCACCACUCUGCUCCUCAUAAACUGCUCAGCAUGGAAAUGCAGUCAGAUCCCAAGUUGUCUUUAAAGCCAUAUGUAGAACUUAGUCUAAACAACAAUUUAAAAAGAAAAGUCUCUGUUUCAGAAGCACAAAUGUGUCCUGUGCCAUUUACAGAGGGAGCUUCUAACAAAAGUGUGUUCAUCUCCCCACAGUCUGAACUUUUGACUAAUAGCAGCAAGAAAAAAAAUGUGACCUUUAGUCCUUUUACACCUUCCAAAAGACUGCGUCUUGUCGUAACAAAUGGGUCUAUAGAUCUGGACAUUGCAUCCUCAGCAAGUGAUGAGUCCAACUAA